AUGACGCCUCCUCGUGUCAUCGUUGUUGGUGGCGGCCUCUCCGGCCUCAGCGCUGCGCACACUGUCUACCUCAACGGUGGCAAUGUGCUCGUGCUCGACAAGAACAACUUCUUUGGCGGCAACAGCACAAAGGCCACAUCCGGCAUCAACGGUGCCCUUACCCGCACACAAGUCGACCACCAAAUUGGCGACAGCGUCAAGCAAUUCUACGAAGACACACUCAAGUCUGCCCGUGACAAGGCUCGACCAGACCUCAUCAAAGUCCUCACAUACCAAUCUGCAUCGGCGGUCGAGUGGCUGCAGGAUGUCUUCAACCUCGAUUUGACCCUCGUCUCCCGGUUAGGUGGCCACUCAUUCCCAAGAACACACAGAGGUCACGAUGCGAAGUUCCCCGGCAUGGCCAUCACAUAUGCUCUCAUGCAGCGUCUCGAAGAGUUGACCGAGUCAGAUCCAGAUCGAGUGCAGGUCAUCAAGAAGGCCAAAGUCACCGAGCUGAUCAAGGAUGGCAACAAGAUCACUGGUCUCAAGUACGAGUUCGGUGGCGAGACACACCAAGUUGAUGGUGUGGUCGUUCUGGCAACUGGUGGAUAUGCUGCCGACUUUACCGAAGACUCCCUUCUCAAGAAGCACAGACCAGAUACAUUCGAUCUAGCAUCGACCAACGGCACCCACGCCACGGGAGAUGGCCACAAAAUGCUCAUGAAGAUUGGCGCCAACGAUAUCGACAUGGACAAAGUUCAGGUUCACCCCACAGGUCUAGUCGACCCCAAAGAUCCUGGUUCAAAAUGGAAGUUCUUGGCUGCCGAGGCUCUUCGUGGCGAAGGUGGUAUUCUACUCAACAGUGAUGGAGUGCGCUUUUGCGACGAUUUGGGCCACCGUGACUACGUCUCCAACAAGAUGUGGGAAGAGAAGGAGAAGGGCAAGUGGCCAAUCCGACUGGUGCUCAACUCCAAAGCCUCAAAUACUCUCGACUUUCACACAAGACAUUACUCUGGCCGUGGUCUGAUGAAGAAGAUGACUGGUAAGGAACUUGCCAAGGAGAUCGGUUGCGGUGAGGAUGCACUCCGGAAGAGCUUUGCCACAUACAACGCAGUCGCAGAAGGCAAGGAGAAGGACCCCUGGAACAAGAAGUACUUCCACAACAUGCCAGUCAACGUUGACGACGACUUCCACGUCGCUCUUAUGGAGCCAGUCCUGCACUUCACCAUGGGCGGUAUGGAGAUCAACGACAAGGCCCAGGUCCUCAACUCGGAGAAGAAGCCCUUCGAAUCGCUCUUCGCUUGCGGUGAAUUGGCUGGUGGUGUUCACGGUGCCAACCGUCUUGGUGGCUCAUCACUGCUUGGCUGUGUUGUAUACGGUCGUGUCGCUGGUGCAUCUGCAUCACAGUACCUCUUCCAGAAGCUCACAUCAGGCGGUGCUGGCUCUGCGAACCAGAGAUUAGGACAAAUUUCACUGCACAUCGAUCCCAACACACCAGGCAAGAUCUCCGUGGAGUGGGCUCAAGGUCAGAGCCAGAGUCAGGGCCAGACUGCAUCAGUUGGCAAUGGUGUAACAGAUCAGCAAGCACAGAAGAGCGCCGCGCCCGUCAUGGAUGGCAACAAAUCGGCUGAUCCCGGCAAAAAGAAGGAGACCAACGAUGUCAAGGACUUCAAGGUUCCCGAGAAGGAGUAUUCGCUCGAGGAGGUUGCGAAGCACAACAAGAAGGAUGAUCUGUGGAUCGCGGUCAAGGGCGUAGUGAUGGAUGUCACGAACUGGCUAGACGAACACCCAGGUGGUCCUCAGGCGCUCUUCUCACACAUGGGUCGGGACGCUACGGAGGAGUUUGAAAUGCUUCAUGAUGACGAGGUUAUUCCUAAGUAUGCUGCUGAUAUCGUCAUUGGCCGCGUGAAGGGCCAGGAAGUCACACUGGAAUACUAA